GCGGUAUAUAUGCAGCUACUGCUACCCCCCAUCUGACGCUAAGGUAUCCAAUGACAUCCAUUCCGAUUCAACAUUGCGCAUCCUCCCAAUCGCAUUAGCGCCGACAACAUCAUCCUUCGACGUAAUUCGCGACAGCCGCAGCAACCGAAUCAAUAUCCGCCAAUCCAACUAUCAACGACACUUACACCUACCACUUGCUAAGUAAACGUAGCUGAGCGCUUGGCCGGCCUCAAAAACCGCCCAUCAUGAAGCCCGUCGUCAGUGCCAUGCAAGCUUGGUCUUGCGUGGUUAUUUCCGUCUUCGCCAUCGUCAUCCUCUCUAUUCUCGGCGGUCUCUACCGAAACAACCACCACGAAUUCGUAGGGGGCACCGAAGACCCCAAGGACGGCCAAGCGGUUGCGAGCACCGUGUUCACCGCCGUUGUCGUAUAUGCUGCUUUUCUGGUAUUCUGCGGCCUUCAAGGCUUGUUACACCUACGUGAAAACCGACGGGGCGCCAUUGCGCUGUCAUAGACAUUGACUCGGAUUCGUGCAUUAUGCUGUAUUAAAGAGACGCGGGCGUUCCGGUUCCUGAGUCAUCGAGUUUACCUGGAGGAUAUUGGGCUGCGGCAUCUGCGAUUGUUGAGUAGCUCUACGAAGUCAUACCUGGCCGCUCGCCAACGGUAGUAGCCAGGUAUUAGCGUGGCCAAGAAUUACAUGUAUGAAUAAGCGUGGAAGUUGAGUUAGGAAUGGAUGACUUCGUGGUUGCGUUGCACUAGAGGCUUGCUUCGGUUCUAUCAAACUACCACGACCUGCUACAUUGGGAGAUGGGCACAUUAAUUGGAAAUUAAAGUUAAUCGGCGAAACAUUGUUUCGCAUUUCUUGUCAUGCAUAUAUAGUACUACACAGCCAAAGACGUUCUGGUGGGCUAGCGUGACAGGUAGUCUAUAGGUAUAGACUAAAGCUUUGUUAGGGAAAGUAAGCAGUUUAUUUCCUUCCAACAUUGAAUCUGCAUAACGUCAAUAUGUACUAUUUAUCUUGGGAAUUUCGCUCGUCCUUUCUAACUACCUAGCUUCAUGUUCUAAAUGACA